AUGUCAUCCAGUGGUUCAGGCGAUAAAGCUAGUGGAAAUAGUAUAAAGGAUGAAAUCAAUCAAUUAAUUAAGGAUCAUAAAGUUAUGGUAUUUUCAAAAACUAAUUGUCCAUACUGUACAAAAGCCAAAAAAAUUCUUGGUAAAUACAAAAUAAAAGAUUAUAAAGUUAUUGAACUUGAUAAAAUGGAAAAUGGCGAUGACUAUCAAGAUGAACUUGGACGAAUCACAGAUGCAGAUACAGUUCCACGUGUAUUUAUUGAUGGUGAAUGUAUUGGUGGUGGUGAUGAUACAGAAAGAUUAGAAAAACAAGGUGAACUUGAAAAAAAAUUGAAAAAAGUCAAUGCAUUAGAGGAGUAA